GUUGCCGUACAACAACAGAAAUGGCGUCUUCCCAGGAUGUCCACGUCCGUAUUUGUGGACAAGAAAUAAUCAAAUAUGAUCUCGAAAUUAAAGCUCUCAUUCAGGACAUUAGAGAAUGUCCGGGGCCACAAAGUGUGCUGAUGGAUUUCAACUCCAAAGUAAAAGAGAAAUUAAAUCAACUGCGACUGAGAAUCCAGAAUAUGGAACAAAUGGCUAAGGAACAAGACAGAGAGACAGACAAACAAGCCAUCCUGAGUGAGACAGAGAGUCAUCGCAGACAGAAUCUGAGUAACCAGACAGCUUGGAGGAAGGCAAACUUGGCAUGUAAACUGUCCAUUGACAACCUUGAGAAAGAUCAACUUCUGAAUGGUGGAGACUCUACUGUGAGACAGCGGAAGGCAACUAAGGAGAGUCUGGUCCAGACGUCUGGUGACAUCACAGAGAGCCUGAUGAGCAUCAGUCGUAUGAUGGCCCAGUCGGUGUCUCAGAGCGAGGAGACCAUCGGCACUCUGGUAAGAAACUGCUAGCUGAAACAGAACAGAAACAGAACUUCGGGGGUACAGAAAUCGGCAGAUCGCCCUCUAGCCACGAAAGUAAGAAUUGCUGAAAAUGCAGUCGAGGAGAAUAUUUUGUUUCCAUAGAGGCCUUUUUCCCUUUAUUCAGAUUACAACUGCUCACUUUGGGUUGUUUGAAAACAGAAUCAUCUCCAAAAUAUAGUUCUUUUUUAAACAAGCCUUAGAAAGUUGGUUGCAAUUUUAGUUUAAUCCACCUGAAAAAAACUGAACAAAUAUUGUAGUUAAACUCAAAUAUACUAAUUGAUAAAAAUAACGUAUUUUUCGAUAAAAAUAAAAAAAAGUAUAAUUUUUGUAAAUUAUAUCAUAAACAGGACUGGUGGAGUUAUGUCACAUAUGCAGCUAACAUGGACAUAUGUAAAUGUCUGCUCUACCCAAAAUUACAACCUAGCAUUACCACAAAAAAAGGAAGAGGCAAGUGGAAGGGCGAAAAAGUAAUGAACUUGUCUGCCGGCCCUGCAUUAAAGACCAAAAAUGGUUAAAGAAAAUUGUGAUAAAUAAAAACAUAUACCAAUUUAAUUUAAGGACUAAAAAAUGGACAGCUGUGGCAUAUAAAUUGCUAAAUAGUUGGGAAGAGAUUUUCGAUGUACCUAUUCCAUGGCACAUGGUUUAUGAAUUGACACGCAAAACAACGCCGGAUUCAAAACUUCAAAUUUUUCAAUUUAAAUGAUUAUACAACAUUUUUGUAAUUAAUAGAAUGUUAUAUCAUUUAUUUAUUUUGGUACUGUCCAUAUGUAGCUCGUUUUUGGUCACAGGUCCAAGAAUGGCUGAAGAAUUGCAACAUUUGCCUAGAACUAACGCUGCAGAUAGCAAUACUGGGUGAUUUGAAAGUCAUAGUCAAUCAAUAAAAUAAUUAUUAUUUGAGCAAAAAAAUUGUAGAAGCUAUGAGAAUAGAAAUGUUUAGUACUUCUGUGAAGCAUCACAGCACAGUUGAAACAUAUAUGGCAAAUAGAAAUCCAAAAUGGAUGGUGUUAAGAGAUGGAUGGGAGGGGUUGAAUGGAGCUGAAGGGUGGAACUAAUAACAAGAUAACCAAUGUAAAACAUACGGGGUCUUUAAAAUGUAUAUAGGUUCAGAAAUGUUGUUAAAUAGCACAGUUACAAAUAGAAAUCAAACUGGAUGGACAUCAGAAAUAGAGGAAGGACUAAAAACAAACUAAAUAUAACUAUUGUAAAAUGUGUAUAAACUGAAGGUAGAAGCCUAAGUGUUAUUGUUUAUUCGUUUACUCCAAUUGGGGGAGGGGUGGUAGGGUUUGCAGGGAAUAAUGAAGGUAUAUUCUUUAAAAAAAGUAUAUAUAUGUUUGUAUGAAUGUUUAUGUGUAUGUAUGUACAGUUGAAAUUUACAUACACUUAGGUUGGAGUCAUUAAAACUAUUUUUUCAACCACUCCACAAAUUUCUUGUUAAGAAACUGUAGUUUUUGCAAGUCGGUUAGGACAUCUACUUUGUGCAUGACAAGUAAUUUUUCCAACAAUUGUUUACAGAUAGAUUAAUUCACUGUAUCACUAUUCCAGUGGGUCAGAAGUUUACAUACACUAAGUUGACUGUGCCUUUUAAACAACUUGGAAAAUUCAAAAAAUUAUGUCAUGGCUUUAGAAGCUUCUGAUAGGCUAAUUGACAUAAUUUGAGUCAAUUGGAGGUGUACCUGUGGAUGUAUUUUAAGGCCUACCUUCAAACUCAGUGCUUCUUUGCUUGACAUCAUGGGAAAAUUAAAAAUCAGGCAAGACCCCAGAAAACAAAUUGUGGACCUCCACAAGUCUGGUUCAUCCUUGGGAGCCAUUUCCAUACGCCUGAAGGUACCACGUUCAUCUGUACAAACAAUAGUAUGAAAGUAUAAACACCAUGGGACCACACAGCCAUCAUACCGUUCAGGAAGGAGACACGUUCUGUCUCCUAGAGAUGAACGUACUUUGGUGCGAAAAGUGCAAAUCAAUCCCAGAACAGCAGCAAAUGACGUUGUGAAGAUGCUGGAGGAAACGGGUACAAAAGUAUCUAUAUCCACAGUAAAACGAGUCCUAUAUCAACACAAUCUGAAAGGCUGCUCAGCAAGGAAGAAGCCAAUGCUCCAAAACCACCAUUAAAAAAGCCAGACUACGGUUUGCAACUGCACAUGGGGACAACGAUCGUACUUUUUGGAGAAAUGUCCUCUGGUCUGAUGAAAUAAAAAUAGAACUGUUUGCCCAUAAUGACCAUCGUUAUGUUUGGAGGAAAAAGGGGGAGGCUUGCAAGCCAAAGAACAGCAUCCCAACCGUGAAGCACGGGGGUGGAAGCAUCAUGUUUUGGGGGUGCUUUGCUGCAGGAGGGACUGGUGCACUUCACAAAAUAGAUGACAUGAUGAGGGAGGAACAUUAUGUGGAUAUAUUGAAGCAACAUCAGUCAGGAAGUUAAAGCUAGGUCGCAAAUGGGUCUUCCAAAUGGACAAUGACCCCAAGCAUACUUCCAAAGUUGUGGCAAAAUGGCUUAAGGACAUUAAUUUCAAGUAUUGGAGUGGGCGUCACACAGCCCUGACCUCAAUCCUAUAGAAAAUGUGUGGGCAGAACUGAAAGUGUGUGCGAGCAAGGAGGCCUACACACCUGGCUCAGUUACUCUAGCUCUGUCAGGAGGAAGGGGCCAAAAUUCACCCAACUUAUUGUUCACCCAACUUAUUGAGGGAAACUAAAAAAGCCUGUGGAUACUAUUCGAUUAGAAAGGUUCAAAAUUCAUGUAAACCAUCACAGCACAAUUUGAAAAUAUAUGGCACAUGGAAACAAAACGAGGGUGGUCUAUGUUGAUGGGCGGAGAGUGCCUAAGGGGUGGGAUUAAAGAGUUUGUUUGAUUAUGUGAUUGCUUUAUAUAAAAGUACCAUGUAUGUAGCAGAAAAGCUGUAAAAAUGUGCGCUGUAAAGAAUAAAGAUGUCCUCCGAAGAGGUGGAUGAAUUAGUAAAUAAAUAAAUAAACGUGACGCAGUGUGUAAAUGAUAACACAUUACUGCAGGAAAUGUAUUAAUAUGCUGGAAUUAUAUAAUUAACUAUGCAAAUGAGCAAAAGCUGUGUGCAUUAAGGAAAUAGACACCUGGCUCAAAUAAGCACCUGUUGUGUUCAGUGAUUUCAGCAAAUAAACGCCCAAGCUAUUAUUGAAAUUUUA